AUGGCGAACGCUAGUGAGCCGGGCGGCGGCGGCGGCGGGGCCGAGGCUGCCGCGCUGGGCCUCAGGCUGGCCACACUCAGCCUGCUGCUGUGCGUGAGCCUGGCGGGCAACGUGCUGUUCGCUCUGCUCAUCGUGAGGGAGCGCAGCCUGCACCGCGCGCCUUACUACCUGCUGCUCGACCUGUGCCUGGCCGACGGGCUGCGCGCGCUCGCCUGCCUCCCGGCCGUCAUGCUGGCUGCGCGGCGCGCGGCAGCCGCGGCGGGGACGCCUCCGGGUGCGCUGGGCUGCAAGCUGCUGGCCUUCCUGGCCGCGCUCUUCUGCUUCCACGCGGCCUUCCUGCUGCUGGGCGUGGGCGUCACCCGCUACCUGGCCAUCGCUCACCACCGCUUCUAUGCCGAGCGCCUGGCCGGCUGGCCGUGCGCCGCGAUGCUGGUGUGCGCCGCCUGGGCGCUGGCUUUGGCCGCGGCCUUCCCGCCGGUGCUGGACGGCGGUGGCGCGGACGACGAGGAUGCGCCGUGCGCCCUGGAGCAGCGGCCGGACGGCGCCCCGGGUGCGCUAGGCUUCCUGCUGCUCCUGGCCGCGGUGGUGGGCGCCACGCACCUCGUCUACCUUCGCCUGCUCUUCUUCAUCCACGACCGCCGCAAGAUGCGGCCCGCACGCCUGGUGCCCGCCGUCAGCCACGACUGGACCUUCCACGGCCCGGGCGCCACCGGUCAAGCGGCCGCCAACUGGACGGCGGGCUUCGGCCGCGGGCCCACGCCACCUGCGCUCGUGGGCAUCAGGCCUGCAGGCCCGGGCCGCGGAGCCCGGCGCCUCCUGGUGCUGGAGGAAUUCAAGACGGAGAAGAGGCUGUGCAAGAUGUUCUACGCCAUCACGCUGCUCUUCCUGCUCCUCUGGGGGCCCUAUGUGGUUGCCAGUUACCUGCGCGUCCUGGUGCGGCCCGGAGCUGUCCCGCAGGCCUACCUGACAGCCUCGGUGUGGCUGACAUUCGCACAGGCCGGCAUCAACCCCGUGGUGUGUUUCCUCUUCAACCGGGAGCUGAGGGACUGUUUCAGAGCCCAGUUCCCCUGUUGCCAGAGCCCCCAGGCCACGCAGGCCACCCUCCCCUGCGACCUGAAAGGCAUUGGUUUGUGA